AUGUCUUCCGUAAGAGAUUUAUUAAUGGCGGCUGCUUGCAUUGAUCUUGAUCCUGCAAAUCUUCAAGUCGCCUCUUCUCUUUUAUCUCAACUUGUUCUUCUUCUUCCAUCAAUCACAAAUGAGAAUGAAAAGAGAAUAUUAAAAAGCGUCUAUUGGAAACUUGUAUGGCAAAUUAAUGCUCUUACUGGAUGGAGUAAAACCAUUAAUUGAUUAUUUUCUUUUUAUUAUUCUGUAUGUUUAUUUUCAUUCAAUAUUUAAUCAAAAUUUAAAUAAAAUAAAAGAGAUAAAAAUCAUUUAAUUAUUAUUUUAUUGAUAACAAUAAUAAAAAGGAGUUAAUUAAAUUAGAGAUUUAAAUCUCCCCGUUUUGUUUACGAUAUAGCUCAAAGACUAUAUCCCAGGCACCAGCAAAGCCAUCCCGUGCCCAAAAGUCAUCGAGAUAUGGGAUGACACGAGCUAAUACGGUUGGGGAUAAAUUAGUAACCCCAUCCCAUUGAAUGCAGGUUAUUAUCGCUAUUGCAAACCCGCAUUCGUGUAUAAUCACUACGUCCCAAUUCUCGGGAUCACUUAAAUGAUGAUAAAAAUCAUAAUAUUGCAAUAAUUCCUCGAUGGAAAAUUGCAUUGAAUAUUUAUUGACAAUUGAAUCAAGUAAUAUGUAAUCGUUUUCGCAUAAUGUCAGUUUUAUUAGUUUGUAUCUGUCAGAGGAAGAAAUCGUAGUGUUGUUGUUUAUAAUGUCAAUUAUUUUGUUAUCA